AUGAGUGAUUUUGAAGUAUUCUUGAAAAAUUCUCAAGAUACUUUUAUUAAGAAAUUGUUGAUCAAUAAUUUAAAAGGACAAGAUAUUUUAUCUUAUAUAAAAGAAUAUAUUAUGAAAAAGAAAAGAGUGAAGUAUUUGGCUAUUAUGGAUUCCUUUAAAGGUGCAUCAGAUAACUAUGGCUAUAAGGAAUUGGUUUCAUUAAAAGAUGAAGUGGAGGAAUUUAAGUUGUAUGAUAUUAAAGUGCAAUGUUAUAAUGGUUCAAUCACUGGUCGAAGUGGGAUGAUUUGCAUGAAGUUUAUUGCCCAUAAAUAG